GUGCGCACUGAGCUGGGCUUCGCUGCGCCGCGCCGGGUCCGAGUCCCGGACUCUAGGUAGAGGUCCGCGCGCUGCUAGGGCAGCCAGGAGCCCGCCGUGAGCCCACGCCCCGGCCCGGGGCUGAGCUGGGAGGAUGCUUCAGCCCCCUGAAGCCCGCGGGAGAACCUAGGAGCUCCGCCGCCUAGCCCCAGCGCCCUGAGCGGCGUCGCUGCCUCCCACCCCCACGGGCAGCCCCUGGAGGUUGGGGACCAAAGUCUGGGUUUCUGAGAAAGCCAAGUGGAAACCCUAAGUGGACUCUGGGAUUCCCAGGAAGGACCUGAGGUCUGAGACAUCCUUGCCUCUAGCCUGCCUGCCCCCCAGGACUGGACAGCUGCCAGAGGCCCUGGGGGGGGGCCCAGGACUGUGGUCGUGUCCCCCCCCGACCCCAUGCUCCGACAGGAUGGGCCCAAGUUAGUAAGCCCAGCCUCACUCAGUGACCUCCAGGCUCCGAAGCACCCCUCAGGGUUCUGAAGGCUUGACUGCUGCCUGGCCACCAUGGAGACGAAGCUGCCCCCUGCGAGCACCCCCACCAGCCCCUCGUCCCCGGGGCUGUCGCCUGUGCCCCCACCCGACAAGGUGGAUGGCUUCUCGCGCCGCUCCCUGCGCAGGGCCCGGCCCAGGCGCUCCCACAGCUCUUCUCAGUUCCGCUAUCAGAGCAACCAGCAAGAGCUCACGCCACUGCCCCUGCUCAAAGAUGUGCCGGCCUCGGAGCUGCACGAGUUGCUCAGCCGCAAGCUGGCCCAGUGCGGGGUGGUGUUUGACUUCCUGGACUGUGUGGCUGACCUGAAGGGAAAGGAGGUAAAGCGGGCGGCCCUCAACGAGCUGGUGGAGUGCGUGGGGAGCACACGGGGCGUCCUCAUCGAGCCUGUGUACCCAGACAUCAUCCGCAUGAUCUCAGUGAAUAUCUUCCGGACCUUGCCGCCCAGUGAAAACCCUGAAUUUGACCCUGAAGAGGAUGAGCCCAACCUCGAGCCUUCGUGGCCACAUCUGCAGCUGGUUUAUGAGUUUUUCCUGCGUUUCCUGGAGAGCCCAGAUUUUCAGCCCUCUGUGGCCAAGAGAUAUGUGGAUCAGAAGUUUGUCUUGAUGCUCCUGGAGCUGUUUGAUAGCGAGGACCCGCGGGAGCGUGAGUACCUGAAGACCAUCCUGCACCGGGUCUAUGGCAAGUUCCUGGGGCUGCGGGCCUACAUCCGCAAACAAUGCAACCACAUCUUCCUGCGGUUUAUCUACGAGAUCGAGCACUUCAAUGGUGUGGCUGAGCUGCUGGAGAUCCUGGGAAGCAUCAUCAAUGGCUUUGCGCUGCCCCUGAAGACCGAGCACAAGCAGUUCCUGGUCCGGGUCCUGAUCCCCCUGCACUCUGUCAAGUCGCUGUCUGUCUUUCACGCCCAGCUGGCAUACUGUGUGGUUCAGUUCCUAGAGAAGGAUGCCACCCUGACAGAGCACGUGAUCCGGGGGUUGCUCAAGUAUUGGCCCAAAACCUGCACCCAGAAGGAGGUGAUGUUUCUGGGGGAGAUGGAAGAGAUUCUCGAUGUCAUUGAGCCCUCCCAGUUCGUGAAGAUCCAGGAGCCCCUCUUCAAGCAGGUGGCUCGCUGUGUCUCCAGCCCCCAUUUCCAGGUUGCAGAGCGGGCUCUGUACUUCUGGAACAACGAGUAUAUCCUGAGCCUCAUUGAGGACAACUGCCACACUGUGCUGCCUGCUGUGUUUGGGACCCUCUACCAGGUCUCCAAGGAGCACUGGAAUCAAACCAUCGUCUCUCUGAUCUACAAUGUACUCAAGACCUUCAUGGAAAUGAAUGGGAAACUAUUCGAUGAGCUCACAGCCUCCUACAAGCUGGAAAAGCAGCAGGAGCAGCAGAAGGCCCGUGAGCGCCAGGAGCUGUGGCAAGGCCUGGAGGAGCUACGGCUACGCCGGUUACAGGGGACCCAGGGGGCUAAGGAGGCCCCCCUCCAGCGGCUUACGCCCCAGGUGGCUGCCAGUGGGGGUCAGAGCUAGAGAUCCCCACAGAAGAGGAGCGCGAAGCCCUGAGUUACCAGUCCCUCCAUCCCUUCUUCUGCCCAGGGGCCCAGAGACACACACCUACCCCUGGUUUGGGCAGAUGGGCUCUGAGGACACCCUGCCUGGCCCGAGAGGGCAGCUUUCACUGGGAGGAGAGGAGAAGAAAUGAUGGUCUUGGCAACAGAACUCUAAGGCCCUCGUGGCAGGAUCUGACAAGGACAAGCUUGACCAGGAAGCUGCCAUCAGGGAUCUGCCCUGCCAGCAAAGUUGGGCUCCAGACAGCUGCAGGCAGGUUCCUGGUCCUGCUCCCAGCCUUGGGCAAGGGGGCUCCUCCCUGAGCCUGCCCCUACCUCGUGCCAGCGCGAGGUCCUCCUGACCCCACCGUGGAAUCCAUGGUCUAUUUAUUCUGUCCCACUUACCCCCACCACAGACAGGUCCUGGGCCUGGGGUGUCCUCUCUCCCUCCCCUCCCUCGCCCUGUAUGUCCGUGUCCCUUUUUAUUUAUUGGGCAGGGGGAGGGGUGAGGGCACAGACGGACAAGAAGAGAUUCCCAGUGUCCUGGGGCAGGGGGUCACAGUAACCAUGGUCUAGCCCCCUUCCCCUGGCUGGGGGUGGACUCAAUAAAGAGAGAAACUCGGAA